CUUACAUUGGUGGCCAGUGGGAAGAAUGUUCCUUACAUUGGGGGUCAGUGAGAAGAAUGUUCCUUACAUUGGUGGUUAGUGGGAAGAAUACUCCUUACAUUGGGGGUCAGUGGGAAGAAUACUCCUUACAUUGGGGGUCAGUGGGAAGAAUACUCCUUACAUUGGUGGUCAGUGGGAAGAAUGUUUCUUACAUUGGGGGUCACUGAGAAGAAUGUUCCUUACAUUGAUGGCCAAUGGGAAGAAUGUUCCUUACAUUGGGGGUCACUGAGAAGAAUGUUUCUUACAUUGGGGUUCAGUGGGAAGAAUGUUCCAUACAUUGGGGGUCAGUGGGAAGAAUGUUCCAUACAUUGUGGUCAGUGGGAAGAAUGUUCCUUACAUUGGGGGGUCAGUGAGAAGAAUGUUCCUUACAUUGGUGGUUAGUGGGAAGAAUACUCCUUACAUUGGUGGUCAGUGGAAAGAAUACUCCUUACAUUGGGGGUCAGUGGAAAGAAUACUCCUUACAUUGGGGGUCAGUGGGAAGAAUACUCCUUACAUUGGGGGUCAGUGGAAAGAAUACUCCUUACAUUGGUGGUCAGUGGGAAGAAAGUUUCUUAUAUUGGUGGCCAGUGGGAAGAAUACUCCUUAC